AAAGACUUUUUCAGAUAACAAUACAAUAUAUACAGAAGUUAUCUCUUUUUUAAAAUUAUAUUUUCAGAUUUUGGAUAAUUCUUACUAUUCUUAAUAUUAAUCAAUUAUCUAAUCAAAAUCAAUUAAAAUUUCGUUUUUAUUUUUUAAUUUAUUUAUACAUUUUAUUCAUUAAGGAUAUAAACGAUAUUAACCACUUUAACUGAGAGCUCCAUUUUGAAAACUUACUUCACGUAUAGUAGAUAGAUAUGAUUACACUAGAUUCGACACCAUAACAUUUAUGAGCCCAGAAAUGUCCAUAUACAAUACAAUAGGCUUUACGAGCCGAGGAGCGUUCAUAUACAUCUAUAGGAAGACGAGGGGUGCCCAGCGCUUGACUAUUUUCUCUCUUAUGCUAGACGACAGACAUUAUUUUAUAAUGUAGCAUGCUAACUGCAUUAGAUGGCUUGGCUCUCGUCCAACAGGUUCAAUGGGAAAAACUUUUGGCUGGUUAGGGACUCCCAGCGUUUCUCUGUGACUGUUAGGAGUAUGUUACAGCUUAAACAUCUAUUACCAACGUUCCUUCGGUGUUCUGUUGGUAAUGGUACCACCGCUUCCUUCUGGUUUGAUUUCUGGACAGAACUAGGGCCUCUACAUUUGUUAUUCGGCUCUACUGCAUCUAGGACACUAAGGCUUCCAAUCUCUGCAACUGUUGCUGAUGCAGUCAGGGAUGGUCACUGGAACCUCCCUUCAGCUAGAAGUCAAAACGCAGUAACACUGCAGAUUGUUCUCACCACCACUCCGGUCCCUGCUCCUGCUAACGACAAAGACUCCUUUCUUUGGGGAUCUCACACGGGUAGGUUUGGGGCUAAAUUCUCCUCUUCAGUCACUUGGGAUUUUUUGCGUCAACGAUCCCCCGCUGUUGAGUGGCAUGAGGUAGUUUGGUUCAGGGAAGAAGUUUCCCGUUAUUCCUUUAUCACCUGGUUGUCUUUUUUGGGAAGACUACCAACUAGAGAUCGUCUAAUUUCUUGGGGUUUAGCAGUUCCAGAUCGUUGUGUCUUGUGCUCUUCUCACCUUGAAUCUCACCAGCACUUAUUUUUUGAGUGUUUAUUCGCGGCGUCUAUCUGGUCCAUGUUUUGUGGCAGAUUUAUCACCUCCCCACCAUCGGAUCUCUCCUCUGUGGUUUUGAUGAUUACAAGAUACAAUGGCCUAUAUUCAUCACAAGUGAAGACUAUCAUGAAGCUACUACUGCAGGUUAUUGUCUACUCCUUAUGGCGCGAGCGUAAUGCAAGAAUUUUCAGGGAUGUUGCCCGCCAACCGGUGGCUUUCUUCAGGAUUGUGGACCGGAUUAUGAGAGACAGGUUGCUCUCGCUCUCUCCGGCUCCUGAUCAAGCUCAUUCUCUUCUAGAGCUUUACUUUUGGUUUGUUGAUCCUUUUAGCUAAUGUUGUUUCUUGUUCUAGUUUCUAUUUCAGUUUAUUUCCUCUUGCUCUUGUAAUAAGUUGCUAAUGCAACAUGUAAAACUCAGAAAAUGGUUAUAAAUCUUAACAUUUAGACCAAAAAAAACUGCAUUAGAUAAUGGAAAUAGUGCAUUCAAUAUCAUUCCAUAAAAUCAACAUUUGCUCGACAAUAAAUGUUAGACGGUAUGAUCGCAUCAUAAUAACAAGAGUUCGUGGAAACCCCUUAGUUCAUUGGUUUAACUAAGAGUUUUUUAACAAGAGUUCAUGGAAGUGUGCAGUUCAGACCUUAGAAGAUUGCAAAUUAUGAUAUUGGUGCAUGAAAGCCAUGUGUACAUUGUUGUUAAGUCACUUAGUUAUAGUAUUCACAUGUUUUCUUGCUUCUCGUGGGAAAUUGGGACUUGAUCCAAAUAUUCAGUCUAUCACAGGGCCACCUCAUAUAUUCGCUCUGCCCUUCUUGGGUUUUUAGUAAUUAAACCCCUCAACUAAAGAUGAAUCGUAAAAAAAACCCUCAACUAAAAAUCCUGUGAAAUAAACCCUCAACUUUAGUUCCGUUAACAUAUGUUACCCUCCGUCUAAAAAACCGUGACGGAGGGUGACAUAUAUUAACGGUUUAAAGUUGAAGGUUUAUUUCAUUGGAUUUUUAGUUGAGGGUUUUUUUUACGAUUCAUCUUUAGUUGAGGGGUUUUAUCACUAAAAGUCAUUAAAGGGGUUUUAAGUUAUUUAUUAUCAUUUAUACAUUGUUUUAGAUUGAUUUGUAAGCCUUUAAAACUAAUUUAUAUUUUUAAUACAUUAAUCUAUUAUAAA